AUUUUAGACAGUGCCAAAUUGAUCAUUCGGCCCGAUUCAUCAACGGUUGCCGCAGAUACAAGAGUGAGCUUUUUUUGUCGUGCCGAUGGUAAUCCAAUGCCCAGCGUAAUUUGGAAGAAAAAUCAACAAUCAAUUUCGGAUCCAAGGUAUUCAACAAAAACACUUCCGAAUGGAAUGAGUACGCUGAGGAUCGAACCGGUCCGGAUGGAAGAUGCGAAUGUUACCAUUACUUGUGCAGCUGAUAAUGGUGUUGGAAGUCCGGUGGUGGCUGAUGCUGUACUCACAGUUAUUCCAUUCGAGCAGCUUCCAGAAGGAUUCCCUGUGAUUGAAGCACAUCCGGUAUUGAAGUCAGUGGAGCAAGGUCGUACAGCACACGUGUCUUGUCGAGUGCGUGGCGAACCACGUCCGAAAGUGUUGUGGCUUCGGGAUUUGAUGCCUAUCGAUAUCCGAUCCAAUAACCGAUAUUCCGUUUCAACCCUUGGAAAUCCAGGUGCUUUGAUGAUCCAGCAGGCGAAAGAGGAAGAUCAGGGAAAAUAUGAAUGUGUUGCAAGGAAUACACUUGGUGUUACUCAUUCCAAAGCUGCUCAUCUCUAUGUUAAAGGUUUUACUUUUUGA